CUGCCAUUGUUUUCGUUGAAUCGUUCCCGCCGCCUUCGCAGUUCCCCCGGUCCCUGUCUUCCUACCAUCAUGCGGCCGACGUCAGUGUUGCUCAAGUCGAGCAGGUCAGCCUGGAAGGGCCCAUACUUCGUCGCGUUCCCCAACUUGCGGCAGGCCCUCGAGGACCACGUACCGAUCAAGACGCAGGCGCGGUCGUGCACAAUAUUGCCGAACUUCAUUGGCAUCCGCUUCAUGGUCCACAACGGCCGGGACUACGUCCCCGUCAUGGUCACCCAGGACAUGGUCGGCCACAAGCUCGGCGAGUUCGCGCACACGAAGAAGAGGUUCAACUGGAAGGGUAACAAGGGCAGGUUAUAGUCGACAUGCUUCACAUGCUACCGGCGCCCUUUACUUAGCUACCGUCUUCCGCCCCUCCUUUGGUCGUAGUCCCCAUAGAUUGCCGUACACGACUGCCUCUGCCCCG